AUAUACCGUACCCAAGUCAGUCUAUUCUCCGACAUCGUUCUGAACCGUUCGACAUAUAGACAUACCACACACUUGACGUGCUUAUUACCGUUUUACUUUGAUCACUGUUAUCUCAAACGUGUGCUGAUAAUUACAAUAUACCAACAACAUUAUUUGAUUAUAAUCACCCGUUAAAUUUCAUAAUUAAUUACAAAAUUUUUUAUUAACCGUGAGUUUUAUUUUGGAUUUUUUAAAAAACUUGGUGCUGCAAGAAAGAUAUAAAUAAAUAACAUCAAUUUGAUGCGCUGAUGAUGCGCUGCGAUUUCUGGAGAAGCGGCAAGUCGCUUUGGGCGACAUCCGUCCUCACGCUCCUCUUCCUCGACACUAUCACGACCUCGUUAUCGAUCGACACAGAACCGCUGCUGAGAUCUCCAGGUCGUUGUCCUGGUUUAGAUGAACAAAGUACAUGUCCAGCGCGCGCUGCCCCAUGUUCCAGCAGCUUCGAGUGUUCGAGCUCGAUGGAAAAAUGCUGCGAGACGGUGUGCGGAUUGAAAUGCGUUCCAAGUGAAUUAACUGGAUGUGAGCAACUGGCAUUGGCGGCGACCCGGCGGUCACGUGCUCUGGGGACACGUGGACCUGCUCAAUUUAUUCCGCAGUGCAAUAACGUAACCGGUGAAUUCGAGAGAGUCCAGUGUGAAGCCACGGAAAAAAAUUGCUGGUGCGUUGAUGAAUUUGGAAGCGAAUUGCCAGGAACAAGAUCUGCGGGACGGGAGUUCGUUGAUUGCAAUAAUCCACGGCUGUGUCAAGCACACUCUUGCCGUAUGCUAUGUCCUCUUGGGUUUGAGAUAGACGAAGACACUGGGUGUCCAAAGUGUGAGUGCCGUGACCCGUGUCGGAACGUGACGUGUCCAGGAGCGGGUCAAACAUGUGAGCUGAUUGAGUCUUCUUGUGCGCGUCCGCCGUGUCCACCGAUACCCAGCUGCCGUAAAGCCAAAUCGCUGUCAACAAUUUGUCCAGCAGGCGAGCCGCUCCAGAUAACCGACUCGCCGAGGCCUUUUCUCUGCGGUAACUCACUCGGCAAACCCUCAUGCCCACCCAUGUACCGGUGCCUAGUCGAGAACAAUCAAGAGUACGGAGUCUGUUGUCCGUCGAGUCUCAACUUGGAGCGACCUGGAAAGUGUCCACCGGAAGAACCGGCUGUCUGCGGACCUCCGUGUCAGCACGACUUGGACUGCUCUGGACCACAAAAGUGCUGUGCCAGCGAGUCUUGCGGCGGCGGAGUUUGUUUACUUCCUGUUGGACUCAGCGCUUGCCGUAAGAACCGGAUGCUCGCCGAGAUGCUCAGCGUUUCUGAGAAGCAAGGUCGUGGGUACAUCCCACAGUGUACUGAUGUUGGUGGAUACGAGCCAAAACAGUGCUCGAGAAAUGGGUUGGUGUGUUGGUGUGUCGACACCGAUGGCAAAAAAGUCUCCGGCACUAUGGGACCUGGUGGGAGUGUUAAUUGUAAUCAAGUCAUCAAUAAAUCUAAAGGACGAAAAUUACCUUCUACUUGCCCACUAUAUCAUUGCGCUCAAGUCUGUCAAUAUGGGUUUAAAGUUGAUGAAUCUGGCUGCUCUACUUGUGAAUGUGAUAAUCCAUGUGAAGGAUUCCCAUGCCCGGAUGAUCAAGAGUGUACAUUAAAUCGUGAGAACGGUUGUCCGGAUUUUCUUUGUCCCACGACACCAGAAUGCCGACCAAAGAAGUCGUACAAGAGUCCUUGUAUAACUGGAGCACCAUUAAGUGAUGAGGGUGGAAAUGCUGUUACUUGUACCGGUACAAACAGCACGUGUCCCUCGAGUCAUAUUUGUACCGCAGUCCCCGAAGCCGGGCAGUCUGUUUGCUGUCCAAUGUUGAACAUCCCGACUCCGCCAACAAUGUGUGAGUACCUACGAGACUUCAAUAACCGCAUGGAGGGGACACGAGAGGGGAUGUCUUUGGCGAUACCUCCCCCAAAGUGCGCAUCAGAUGGGACAUGGAAGUCACUGCAGUGUCAUGAUUCACGUUGUGACUGCGUAAAUGAGCAAGGAGUAUCUCUGAGAACAAAUAUUAGCACAGCAGAUGUUGACUGUGAUGAAGUACGUGCACUGAGUAAGACAUGCGAACCACCAGAGUGCGAUUUGCAAUGCACGUAUGGCCGGGAAGUUGAUGAGGCUGGAUGUGAGCAGUGUCGCUGUCGUGAUCCGUGCCAAGGAGUAGCCUGUGGCCCGCGUGAAAUCUGUUCAAUGGUUGAUGUUAAUUGUGGCGAAGGGCAAAAUUGCCCUCAAGUACCUGCAUGCUUGGCAGUGAAGCAAGGUCAGUGUCCUUACUUGGUUCCAAGUUCAUCCAGCUGUGAAGUUCACUGCAGCAACGACCAAGAAUGCACCGGAGACCGCAAAUGCUGUUCAACUGGCUGUGGAACUGCAUGUGUAGAUCCGGUAGUCGCGACAGGGUGUCAGCAUGCGAGAUCACUUGCCGAACACGCGGCGCGUGAGUCCGGUGAACCGGCUAGACGAAUUUACAUUCCACGUUGCGAUGACAAAGGCAGCUUUGAGCCAGUCCAGUGUCACUUGGGCACUUGCUGGUGUGUAGAUGAAGAAGGGAGAGAAGCUGCUGGUACUAGAGUGCCAGAUGGUACCCAACCUAAAUGCAAUAAGCCAGUAAUAUGUCCGUCAAUUGAAUGCCGUCUCGAUUGUCCAGACGGGUUGGAUUUAGAUCCAUCUGGAUGUCCUCGAUGCGCUUGUCGGGAUCCCUGCAAAGCUGUAAAUUGCCGAGGAGAAAACGAAGCUUGUAGAAUGGUCGAGGUGGCUUGCAGUGCACCGCCCUGUCCACCGGUGCCCGUCUGUCUACCGAAAAAAGACAAUCCGUGUCCCAAUGGAUCUCCACUGCUAACUCAAGAAGGAUCUCCCGCUCUUUGCGGCCCACAUGGUCAACAUUGCCCCACUACACACAAAUGCGAGCUGUCGCCGCUUGAUGAAUACGCCGUCUGUUGUCCUAAACCUCGAGAUGUCUGUUUCGAACCUCCGAGACUUAUCGAGUGUCCACCUAACAGACGAAUGAACGAUACUGAGCGAUGGUACUUCGAUCCAGAAUUAAAUGAAUGCAGGAUAAAAUCUGGUUGCUCUGUUGGGCACAAUGAUUUCUCCAGCAAAAUUGUUUGCGAUGACGUAUGUCCUGUUCUGACACCCUGCGAAUUGCAACGCGAGCGUAAUUUGAAAAACUCUCAGCGGCUUAAGCAAUCGGUGUUUCUGCCGCGUUGCAAUACAGACACCGGGGCUUGGGAGCCCAUUCAGUGUCUAGAUCACGUGGGAGUUUGCUGGUGCGUCGACAGAAAGGGCGUACCGAUAAAAGGAUCUCUAGUACGUGGUGAAGAGCCCAAGUGCAACUUUAGACAAGCAAGAAAAGGCGCAAGCAAAAGCUCUCUCAUUGAAAUAGACCCAGAAAUUGCUGCGUACAUGGAAAACUCCCUGGUUAAAAUAGAAAUUGAAGAGGAACGAGUUGAAGAGAAACCCAUACCAAAACUUCUGAUAACGAGAUGCGAAGCAAUGAGGGAACGUGGUCAUGUGCCCACAACUUGCGACCAGGAAGGCAAAUUUGAGCCAACCCAAUGCGCCGGGGAAACUUGCUGGUGUGUUGACGAGGCCGGCAAUCAAAUUAUUGGCUCCGAGCCCUUCUUCAAGGGCACACAAAUGUGCUUAAUGACAGCAGUGGAGGCUGUAGAAGUAACUCUGCGUUUUCCCGGACACUUUGUAAAUGAGGACACGAAUCGCUUUACUAGGGCGACAGCUGACCUGCUGCGUGAUCUGAACGCGAAUAUAAAAGACGGUAUCGCAGUUGAAUUAGACCUGGACGCAGCGAUAAUUGGAUUCGAAAUAGUAGGAGACAACAAAGUUGACGUCGCUUUCCAUCUCGAGGAGCUAACUCGCAGCCGAAGCUUAGCACUGCUCGGAUCUAUCGCCGAUGCUACCACUUCAAGAUUUAUCCAUCGGCCCUUAUCUUUUGAGGCUGAGGACAAGAUAAUGGCUCUUGAACAACGGGAAGUAUUCACUGACGCAGAAACUCCAAUUUAUCAGACUACUACGGUUGUUCUUGCCGCUACAAGUGCCAUUAUCAUCACCAGUUUUAUUACUUUAUUCGUUAUUUAUCGUAGAAAGAUGAAAGUAAGAUAUUGCAGACCAAAAACAGAGGAAACCGAUGAACGUUACUUGGCGUACGACAAACAACCUGUAUACGUGAUAUCCGGUGCAGAUAAAGAUGACAAGGAUAUAGAGGUUGUGAGAGAAUUAUGCGAGAGUCACUCGACAGCAAAGGAAAUUGCUCAGACAUAAACUAUUUCGUGACUCUCGAGUUAAAACAUAGAUCGUACUUGACGUCAUCUUCAAGAAUAACAUUCUGAAGUAAAGAAACCCAAGUAUCACCACCAAUACCAUCAGCAUCACCAACAUCACCAGCACUUAGAGUAAAACUACCAUUAAAAAUCAGUAAUCCUGUGGAAUAAAAGCGUUUAAAGUGGAUACGUUUUAACGUAUGUUGUCUUAAAAAUCCUCGAUAAUAAAUUUUAAACUCAAGUAUAUAAAUAAUAGAUUUAUUUAGCAAAGUAUCUCAACUUAGCAGCAUAUGUAUGAUCGAUCUCUUUUGUAAAGCGGCUUCGUGUUUUCCUUCAUUUUAUUUUUAUUUAUAUCAGCACUUAGCGUUUUCAUUUUAUCGAUUUAUUAUUAAACUCAAGACUGUCGAUAAUUCGAUAGCUCACGUCAGUAUUUGUUGUACGUAAUAUUUGAUAGAUAAUCCAAUGACGGUAACGUUAUAAUUAAUAAAUUUAUAUAUUUAUUAUGACGUAACUGACGAUCUUUAAAGUCAAUUACAGUCUAGGAGAACGUACUUAUUGUAGAAAACCACAGCCGUUUUUUAUUUCUGUAUCAUUAUUGUAAAGAGUGACAGAAUUUUAAAUUAUAUUAUUAAUAAUUACCCACAAGUACUUAAAGUACACGCGAUGACGAUUUUCCGACGCUGAUUGACGGACAUAAUUAUUAUUUAUUGAAUAAUUAUUAUUUCCGGUAGUUGCGCGUUGGAAAAUUUGUCACUAGCUUAUGUAGAUGCAUAUCGUGUAUUCAUGAAAUGCGAGUGAUAUAUAUAUAAAUAUAUAUAUUUAUUAAUAUUGAUAUUGAUAUUAAUGAUAAUUAAAUCGUUAAAUACAUAAACUUGAUAUAAUAUACAACUAAUAGCAUAGAAAUGUACAUAUCCAGCGCAGUAACUUGCGCAUUAAUUUUAAUUAUACUUUGAUAUAUAUUUAUAUAUAUAUUAUUAUUAAAUGUAAUUUAAUACUCAUGAUAUUUUGUCAUUUUUCUUUGUACUUUAUUCAUUUAUUUAUCAGGUGUAAUUCUGUAAUCGUAAUUUAAAUUAAUACUCCGACUAAAUUAUUUAUUUAUAAAAUUUUAAAUUGGCGCCAAUUUUUUAAAUUUUUAUUUAAA